AUGUGGGUCAGGACGACACUGACGAUUGAAAGAUGGACUAGGGAAAGGCCUGGGCACAAGAUCAACAUCUGGGAUGAGAGCAAGAGCAAGGAUAUAAACAGGUUGCCCAGCUGGGAGAGAGGACAUCUGCUGGCUGACGUGGCAUCCAGCACUGACACAUCUACCUUCUCCUCUGAAGGUGAUUUCAAGGAGACUGACAGGUGCUGCUGGAAACACAAGCAGUGUUCUGGGCACAUCAUCCACCCCCUCAUCUCUGACCAUGGUCACCACAAGCUGCACCUGCACACCGUCAGCCACUGCGACUGUGAUUCUAGGGUGAAGGAAUGCUCAGAGAAGGCAAAUAGCAGCAGCUCCCGAGAUGUGGGCCAAACCUGUUCCCGAGAUGUGAGCCCAACCUGCUGCAAGAUCAUCCAGACCCCUUGCUUUGGGCUCAUCCCAGAUGAGGAAGAGUGUGUGGAACGGUUCUGGUAUGGCUGGUGCAAAAGCUACAGGCCUGUCUCGGUGGCAGUGAUCCACCAUCCCAUCCACCAUGAGUUUGGGGAAGAUGACCUCAAUGAAGAAGAGGAGGAAGAAGAAAGCAAGCCUCCCAUCCCGACCCAGGUGGGGCCCCCCACCAAGCCCCCUGACACAAGCACUGGCACGGUCACUGGCACCACCACUGGUACUCCUGACUCAGCAGCUCCCAUCACCAUCUGGCGCUCUGAGAGCCCCACAGGGAAAAGCCAGAGCCACAAGGUGAUCAAGAAGGUAAAGAAAAAGGAAAAAGAGAAAGAUGAGGAGGAAUCAGACAAGGAGAAGGCAAAGCUGAAGAAAAAAGUCAAGAAGGGCAAGGUGACUAAGAAGAAAAGCCCAGUUAAAUCGGAACCUUCGCCUGCAGACCUAGGCCGAUCCGUAAGCCCGAGAGAGUUGGCCAGGAUGUCGGAGUCCAGCCCCGACAGCCGGGACGACCUGGAGAGUGAGGGCAGCUACAAUGACCCCAGACGGGAGGAACCCUCCAGCGAGGAUACUAUGGAGUCUCCAUCUCCCAGGAAGAGAGAGAACACAAACCAGAACAAGAAGUAGGGGAAGGUCUCACAAGUCAGGAAAGUAAACAAGAGGAAAUCUCCCCCAGCAUCAAACCCCAAUCUCAGUUGA